UGGUUUCAUUAACGACUGUACUCUUAUUGAAAGCGAAAAUUAAAAUGUUCUUUAAAUUGUUUAUAGCGGCAGCCGCUUUGUGCUGCACCGCUGUGCUGGCCGAGGUCACCAGCUAUGAAGGCUACAAGAUCUACGAUAUCAAGCCUCAAAAUGCUGCGCAGCAGGAAAUUUUGCAGCAAUUGGCCGAGAGUGGGACAUACGACUUCUUUACCCACCCCCGCGUAUUGGGUCUCGCCGCACGCGUUAUGGUCGCACCAGAAGAACAGUCAGUUUUUGAGCAGACACUCCAGGCAUCUGAAAUCGAACACCAAAUCAUCAACGAAAACUUCGGUGAAACCGUUGCCACAGAGCGCAUGCAAAAUAACUUCUUCCGCAAUUUGCGCAGCUCCAACGAGCGUAGCAUUUCCUUCAGCGCCUAUCAGCGUUAUGAAGCCAUCGAUGCCUAUCUUCAACAGCUGGCCGCAGACUAUCCAAGCCGCGUCUACUUGAAGACCAUCGGCAAGUCGUACGAAGGACGCGCUUUGCGCACCAUUACAAUCACCAACGGCGAUGGCGUUUCCAACAAGAAAGUAAUUUUACUCGAUGCUGGCAUUCAUGCACGUGAAUGGAUCGCACCGGCUGGCGCUUUGUACGUCAUCCAACAGUUGGUGGAGAACUUUGCUGAAAAUGCACACCUUUUGCAAACCUACGAUUGGGUUAUUUUACCUGUGGUCAAUCCUGAUGGCUAUGAAUACACACACACCACCACCCGUAUGUGGCGUAAGACUCGCAAGCCAGUAAGUACUAACUGCUAUGGUACAGAUGGUAAUCGCAACUUCGAUUUUCACUGGGGUGAAGUGGGCGCUUCCAGCUAUACAUGCGCAGAUACAUUCAAGGGCAAGACUGCUUUCUCUGAGCCUGAGACCCAAGCUCUGCGCGAUCUUAUGCACACACUCACCGGACGUGCAACCUUCUAUCUCACCCUGCACUCGUACGGCAACUAUCUGCUCUACCCAUGGGGCUGGACUUCUGAUCUUCCUGAUACCUGGCGCGCCCUUGAUGAGGUAGCUCAGGCCGGUUAUGAUGCCAUCAAAGCUGCUACCGGCACCGUUUACUCAGUGGGUAGCUCAACGAAUGUUCUGUAUGCCGCUGCUGGUGGUAGUGAUGAUUAUGCUUUCGCCGCGGCUGAAAUUCCCAUUUCAAUUACAAUGGAAUUACCUGCAGCCGGUAAUGGUUUUGACCCAGCACCAACCAAGAUCCUAGAGUUGGUUUCCGAAACUUGGAUCGGUAUCAAGGCUAUGGCGGAAAAGGUAAUAGAAAGCUAUUAAGUUUUUAAACGAUGUAU